GCCGACCCGCCUGGCAGAGCGGGGCCGCGGGCGCAGCGCCGGGCCGGGCGAGACAAAGGGGUUUGCCGGCCUCCCAAAAUGUGGAUCCAGGUUCGCACCAUCGACGGCUCGCAGACGCGCACCAUCGAGGACGUGUCGCGCAAAGCCACCAUCGAGGAGCUACGCGAGCGGGUUUGGGCGCUGUUCGACGUGCGGCCCGAGUGCCAGCGCCUGUUCUACCGGGGCAAGCAGUUGGAAAAUGGAUAUACUUUAUUUGACUAUGAUGUUGGAUUGAAUGAUAUAAUUCAGCUGCUUGUUCGUCCAGACUCUGAUCUUCCUAGCACAUCUAAACAGACUGAUGUACAGGCUAAGCCCUGUUCUAAUAGCCCGCCUAAAGUAAAGAAAACUGCAAGGGUGGGAUCUUCCCGGCAGCCAUCUGCAUCAGCUCGUGCUUGUCUGGUUGAUCCUGGCUUUGGAUUGUAUAAGGUAAAUGAAUUGGUGGAUGCCAGAGAUGUCGGCCUUGGUGCUUGGUUUGAAGCACAUAUACAUAGUGUUACUAGAGCUUCUGAUGGACAUUCACGUGGCAAAACUCCACUGAAGAAUGGCAAUUCUUAUAAAAGGACUAAUGGAAAUGUAAAUCAUAAUUCCAAAGAGAACACAAAUAAAUUGGACACUGUUCCCUCUACGUCUAAUUCAGACUCUGUUGCUGCUGAUGAAGACGUUAUUUAUCAAAUCGAGUAUGAUGAAUAUCCAGAAAGUGGCACACUAGAAAUGAGUGUUAAGGAUCUUCGACCACGAGCUAGAACCACUUUGAAAUGGAAUGAACUAAACGUUGGUGAUGUGGUCAUGGUUAAUUACAAUGUAGAAAAUCCAGGAAAAAGAGGAUUUUGGUAUGAUGCAGAAAUUACUGCACUGAAGACAAUCUCAAGGACCAAAAAGGAAGUUCGUGUGAAAAUUUUCCUGGGGGGUUCUGAAGGCACAUUAAAUGACUGCAGGGUAGUAUUUGUAGAUGAAAUCUUCAAGAUUGAGAAGCCUGGAGCCCAUCCUCUUUCCUUUGCAGAUGGAAAGUUUUUAAGGAAAAAUGACCCUGAAUGUGACCUGUGUGGUGGAGACCCAGAUAAGAAAUGCCACAUGUGUUCCUGUCAUAAGUGUGGAGAGAAGCGGGACCCUAACAAGCAACUUCUAUGUGAUGAAUGUAAUAUGGCCUAUCAUAUUUAUUGCCUAAACCCACCUUUGGAUAAAGUUCCAGAAGAGGAAUACUGGUAUUGUCCUUGCUGUAAAACUGAUUCCAGUGAGGUUGUAAAGGCUGGUGAAAAAUUGAAGAUGAGUAAAAAGAAAGCAAAGAUGCCAUCUGCUAGUACUGAAAGCCGGAGAGACUGGGGCAGGGGAAUGGCUUGUGUUGGUCGUACAAAAGAAUGCACUAUUGUUCCUUCUAAUCAUUAUGGACCUAUUCCUGGAAUUCCUGUUGGGUCAACAUGGAGAUUUAGAGUUCAGGUGAGCGAAGCAGGUGUUCAUAGGCCUCAUGUCGGUGGAAUUCAUGGUCGCAGUAACGAUGGGGCUUACUCUCUUGUCCUGGCUGGUGGAUUUGCAGAUGAAGUUGACCGAGGUGAUGAAUUCACAUACACUGGAAGUGGUGGUAAAAAUCUUGCUGGUAAUAAAAGAAUUGGUGCACCAUCAGCUGAUCAAACAUUAACAAACAUGAACAGGGCAUUGGCCCUAAACUGUGAUGCCCCAUUGGAUGAUAAAAUUGGAGCAGAGUCUCGGAAUUGGAGAGCUGGUAAGCCGGUCAGAGUGAUACGCAGUUUUAAAGGGAGGAAGAUCAGCAAGUAUGCUCCUGAAGAAGGCAACAGAUACGAUGGCAUUUAUAAGGUGGUGAAGUACUGGCCAGAGAUUUCAUCCAGCCAUGGGUUCUUGGUCUGGCGCUAUCUUUUAAGAAGAGAUGAUGUUGAACCUGCCCCUUGGACUUCAGAAGGAAUAGAACGAUCAAGGAGAUUAUGUCUGCGUUUGCAGUAUCCAGCAGGUUACCCUUCAGAUAAAGAAGGGAAGAAAACUAAGGGACAGGCAAAGAAGCAGACAAGUGAAGCCACAAAGAGGCCAGCAUCAGAUGAUGAGUGUCCAAGUGCCUCUAAAGUGUUGAAGGCAUCAGAUUCAACAGAGGCAGUGGAGGCUUUCCAACUUACCCCUCAACAGCAGCAACUAAUCAGAGAAGACUCUCAGAACCAGAAGCUAUGGGAUGAAGUGCUUGCAUCUCUUGUGGAAGGACCGAAUUUUCUGAAAAAAUUGGAACAAUCUUUUAUGUGUGUCUGCUGCCAGGAGCUAGUUUACCAGCCUGUGACAACAGAGUGCUUUCAUAAUGUUUGUAAAGAUUGUUUACAGCGUUCUUUUAAGGCCCAAGUUUUCUCCUGCCCUGCUUGUCGGCAUGAUCUUGGCCAGGAUUACAUGAUGAUUCCCAAUGAGAUUCUGCAACGUCUACUUGACCUUUUCUUCCCUGGUUAUAGCAAAGGACGGUGAUCUGUUUACUUCAGUGUUGCCCCUUGUGGCUUUUUGGACAAUAAAGAAUCUAAAAUGGAUGGGGAGGGCUGAAGCAGUGGUGGACCACAUCUCUUUUUCUGAAGCAGCUGCUCCUCUUUCCCACGUAGCUGUCAUCUCGUGUGUGUAGUCAGAGGCCCGUUCCUCAACUGUCUUUUCAAUAUGAACAGGUAGUUCCUCUCAGUAACAGCUAGUCUUAAUGAAUGAGAAGUCAAAGCCUCCGCUGUAGUUGAUCCAAGUUAUGAUUUAUUUUGCAACUACCUCAGGACAGAAAAGAUUUAUGGGGAUUUUAAAAGUCAUUGAAUAAUUAGUUAAAUGAGAUUUUAGCUACACACUGCCUCCCAAAUAUUAGUUGUGCCUGAUUCUUGUAAUUUGCUUUUCCAGGAAAGGAGAUGACAAAUGAGAUUGUUGGAAUGAGCACAGCUUCUGUAAUAUGUGUAACACUUUUUUAAUGUCUCUUCUUCCAUCACAGAAUGUGUUUUGCAAGGACACGCUCACUUUUUAGCCCAUUCGUGAUCUCCAUUGUGCUUUUUUUCUGGUGUUUUAUGCAAGUUGACUACUAAUGAGUAAUGAGAACAAUAUGAAUGCAUUGUUGCUGCAUUGGUGUAAUGUGGUGUGGUUUUGCAAUAAAAGAGGUUCUUCAGAUGCUCUAGUUGUAAAUGUUGAUGAAAAGCCACUUCUGUGCUCGCCUUACUGCUUUGAGUAACUCUCACUAGUGGUUUCACAGCUACAGAGUACUGAGGGCUGGUGCAGACUUUCGGGAAGAUUAAAAUUGCUUCAUAUUGUCAUCCAAAAUUUUAUAUUCACUAUAUUCCUUAAAGUAUACCUUAAUAAAUAUUUUAUGAUCAGAAAACA